AGCCGACCAAAUUGCAGUCGCGGCAGAUACCGCAAAUGUCAUGCAAAUGGCACCCGUGCCAGUGGCAUGUAAAAGCACCCAUUACACUCUUGGAGUGGUUGGCGUUAGGAGGGCAUCCAGCCGUAGAAAACCAUGCCAAAUCAGACUGGAGUCUAGCCUUCCAACUUACCAGUCCUGGUCAAACUGUCCAACCCAUGUCAGCAUGGACAACUGACAUCAUCGGUGUAUCUCAAGUAACAUUGCUAGAAUAGAGUAAGAUAACAGGGUAACACCAUUAGUAGGAAGGUAAAGGAGGAGGGUAAAAUAAAACAAUACAAUAAAAAGUAGAGUAUGAGGAGGUUUGAUUUUCCAUUAGUUUUAUUUACAAUAUAUACAAAGGUGUGGUAUGUUACUCUUUGCAGCCAUCUUAUGCGGUGUGAAUUCAUCGUUCUCCGUUACAUGGGCCCAUUGCCUCAGGAGAUGCGACAAGCAGAUUAGCCUAGAGGCCCAGCCAGUGAAGUGUGCUCUGCAAGCGGGCCGCAGUGGGAAAAGAGAUCGAACCUCGUGGUUUCUUCCCUUUAUAUAGUUUGCCAUUGCGAGCCUCAUUGUGAGCUCGCCCAUGGCAAAUGGAUGCAGGUGAGGUCUUGCUCCAGUCUUGGAGAUGGCAAUGGCUGCCGCAAGAUCUCACCCAAUAUGGCGCUGACUGCUUGUGCCGCUACAAAUCCUAAUGAAAAUGAAAGUCAUCAACAUUAAUGAAAAUUACUCUCAAAAUGAGGAAGGGUGAGAACUCUUAAACAAGCACAAUUCAAUGCGUUCAUCUGUUGCAGGCAUAUCAGCUUCUAUUCUAAUAAGCAUAUAUCCAUCUCCUCUGCUCCCUAAAAUGUCUCACUACCUGUGUACUGUGUAAGCUUCUGUUAGUUCACUUCUAGCUUAAAAUAGAAUAACUAUUUGAACAAAUUUUCUAUAAUUCACAAUAAAACUUUAGUGACAUUUUGUAACUGUUGAAGACAGAAGUCACUUAUCAAAUGUGGGGUCGGAAUGUGAGUCAGUGGAACAGAUGAAUGAUAUUUUCAACAGCAAAUUCCUUGAGAAUAAAACCAAAAUUGGCAAUAAGUAUAUAAAGAGUUUUUAAUGUUAGAUGUUUCUUAUACAACUUCAUUCGUAUCGUCAGUUUCCUGUGUGCUUACAUGUAAAACGAAAAUAAUUUAACUCAUUAACUGAUAUCGAUUUUUCUUCACCCUGCAGAAUUUUUAAGAUAACUAAGUUAAUAUGCACAACUUAACUAUAUUGUUUAUCAUUCUUAGUAAAUUAAAUGUUAUCACUGAUCGAAAUGUAACAGUCUUUAUAUUUAGAUUAUAUAGAAAGGGAAUUUUAUGUACAGUGUUUCCUGCAUCAAUAUACUGAUUAUUAUUGUGGAAAAUAAUUUUUAAAAAACGAUUUUACGAAAGUACGGCUCAUGAAUUAAUGUCAUUUAGUUUUGUUUAAAAGAAUAUCAGUUUGUUUUGCUAUCCGUCAAGUUUGUUUUGUCAGAGGUAGAAAUAGUGACUGAAAAUGUAUCACCAGACCGAUAUAGUUGGAAAGAAAACAGGUUUGUGGCAACAUUGCCAAUUCACGAAAUUUGUCAGAUUUUGAACACUGAAGACUGACAUGAUCAAAAAUACAAGUAACUAUUCUCUGUAACCUAAAGCAGCAAUGAAGUUUAUAAACAAAUUAUAAUAAAAAAAUAAUUUCAAAAAAUGAAGUUUCUCUUGGUUUAUCUAGGUGUCUCUUAAGAACUGAAGUCAGUUUACUGGUGCCUUUUAAUUCCAAGAAUGGACUCUAGGAAAAAACAAAAACUGUCCAAAUAAAAUAUCAUGAAACUGUUUCUUUAUGACUGAGACAUCAUCAGUCUUUAUCAGAUAUCACUUUUUAGUUCAAAAGAAAAUACAUUGCAACUUCAGUAUUUAUUAAGAGGAUUCAUGCAAUUUAUUAAUAUUCUCCAUGGAGGUAUUUGAUAACAGAAUAUUUUAGAAUAUUUGUGUAGUAAUUAUGGAGAAUAAACUGGGUGAGAGUCAGGCUUGUGAUCAAACAGAGCCUGAAUCCAGUGACAUAUCUUAUCAGACAUAUGAAGAUACAGAGAAGGUAUCAUAUUACUUUGACAAUGAUAUGAAAACAUUCGCACAAUCUGAUACCUUAUUUAAGCAAAAAUUACUUCAUACAAGCUCAAAGCUUAAAUAUUUAAAAAUUUAUAGUAAAACAAUUGCUAAAACCAGCUCUUUGUCUUUGCAUAAAAAUGUUCAGAAAGAUAAGAAAAUUUACCAAUGCAUAAUCUGUGACAAAACUUUCUUUGACAGCAGUAAUUUGACCAAGCAUAAGCGUAUUCAUACAGGUGAAAAACCAUACCACUGUGAUAUUUGUGGGAGAGCAUUCUCUCAGCAAGGUCAUUUGACUACACAUAAGUAUACUCACUCAGGUGAAAAACCAUAUCAUUGUGAUAUCUGUGGCAAAAGAUUCUCUCAAAGUGAUAAAUUAAUUCUUCACAAACGAACUCACACAGGAGAGAAACCAUAUCAAUGUGGUAUUUGUGCUAAAACAUUUUCACGAAGGUCUUAUCUGAAAAGACACAAAUACAUUCACACAAGGGAAAAACCAUAUAGCUGUGAUGUCUGUGGGAAAACAUUCUCUCAGAGAGGCAAUAUGACUGUUCACAAACGUACUCAUACUGGUGAGAAGCCAUACCACUGUGAUAUAUGUGAGAAAACAUUCUCGGAAUAUAAUAAAUUGACUCGUCACAAACAGGUUCACACAGGAGAGAAACCAUACCACUGUGAUGUCUGUAGGAAAACAUUCUCUGAGAGUACUGGAUUAACUAGACAUAUACGCAUGCACACUGGUGAGAAACCAUACCACUGUGAUAUAUGUGGGAAAACAUUCUCUCAGAAUGGUCAUUUAACUCAACAUGUUCGUAUUCACACUGGUGAAAAUCCAUACCACUGUCAUAUCUGUAGUAAAACAUUUUCUCAGAGAGGUCAUUUAAAACUUCAUGUACGUGGUCACACAGGUGAAAGACCAUUCAGCUGUGAUAUUUGUGGUAAGGCAUAUGCUGAUAAUCAAAGUUUAACCCGUCACAAACCUGUUCAUGUACGCAAAUAAGAAACAUCAUGAAAUCAAGACAAAAUAUCCAUUAAAUAUGGUAGCUUUACUUAUAAAUCAAAUGUCAUGGAACAUCAUGAAAAUUAGCUGAAAGUAAAGUUUAUAUAAUGUUCUAUUACUUGAAGUAUUUGAGAAUAUUUUGUAACAUUUUAAAGAAAAUUAUGUCUCAGUGUUGUAAUAUUUACUAUUGUUAACUUUCUAUAACACUGUUUUAUCAGAUACCAACCAAAAUGUUUAUUUGGUUGAGAAAAGUUUCAAUAAAAUAUUCACACACAAUAUAUUAAAAUUAAUUUCAUUGAUUUAUGUUUCCUUAUUGUGUUGUUUUUAUGUCUGUCAAACUUGAAAAAUCUCAUGUUUGAGAAAUUUCUGGUGUCAGGUUCUCUCAAAUUGGAUAUUUUAUUUUAUUUUUUUUUGUUUUUUCCAGGAUAUCCUGGAAAAUGUUAAAUAAAAUUGAUGUGAUAAUGGAACUGAAUGUAGAUUUAUGUUUGUCAAUGUAUCUGGUUUAAUGUCAGUCAAAAAUGAGGUGUUCAAAUAUUUUAUAAUUAAAUUUUAUAUAAAUGUGUAAAAUUGUUCACUAUUUACUUUGGAUUAACAUCAAACUUAAUUUGGUUACACAGACAUUUGUCACUAUGUUUAUUGAUGCUGCGAACAGUUGACAGUUGUAUUUUGUGUGAAUUAUUUUUGUGAUUUAAAACUUUUGUUAUCAUAUAUUUCUGUUGAAAUACAUUGCCUUUGUUUCAGUUGAUUUUGAAAAUAAAAAAAAAAUUAGUAAAAUAACUUUGUCAUUAUUAAGCUGGUGUUUGAAACAAAUUGAUAUGAAAUUUUGAUGGAAAGUUUUAAUUUAGAUCACUUUAAAACAUGAAGUUUGAGUCAUGGA